AUGCUGGACAAAAUCAACGAUCAGUUAUCCACAAUUAAGCACGAUAUUACCAAUAUAAAAAGCAAUGUAACUGAACUUGAAAGAGGCUUAAACGCAGUCAACGACGACGUUGCUGAAAUGAAAGAAAGUAUGAAGCGGAAGGCACAUUUAAAGCAGCUAGAAGACCUAGAAAGAGAAGCUGAAGAUCUUUGCAGCAGGUCCCGAAGAAAUAACUUGGUGUUUUAUAACAUUCCGGAAAAGUCAGAAGGCGAUAAUUGUGUGGCUUUCAUACAAGGCUUCAUAGCCUCGCACAUGGGCUUGGAAACAUUGUUUGGAUACGUCGAAAUUGAGCGUGCUCAUCGUACUCCGACGCAAUUAAACAAAAACAGAAAGAGUCCAAGACCGAUCCACGUAGCCUUUCUAAAAUACACGGAUAAGACGAAGAUUCUGGCGAAUGCUGCGGUUAGACUUAAAGAUAAUCCGUUCGAGCUGACUUGGCAAAAGACACCCAAGAACGCCGAAAAGCGCUCAUUCCUUCCAAGAAACAUCUUCAAAAGAAGCUAG